CGUGACCAGGAUGCUCCGGCAAAACGAUUGCGCGAGGAUGCGCCCCUGCCGCAGAGCCUGAAUUGAUUUUAUAUUAAUUUCUCCCAAACAUUGGCACCCAAGCAUAACGGUCACCGGCAGGGUAAACCGAUAGUUGUCCAUCGUCAAUCAUCUGGAUCUUUCAAGACCAAACGGGUAAUUUCUCUUCAUCCACUUGUUUGAUUAACCCCAGUUUCUGACCCUGAACGGCACUUUGUGCUGUUCCCCGCAUUGGAGGCUUAUGGUUAUCCCUACAGUUGUACUGUUUACUUCCUCCAGUGAGAUGCCUAGACAUGUCACCCUUUAGUACCUUGUAGACUAGGGCUGGUUUUUAUAAAGACGAGAUGGUUUCCGCCCUCGGCGAUUUUCCUUCUGUGGUUUUCUGUUCAAUCAUCCUUUGUUCUUUGAGUGUAGUCCACUGUUAUGAUGAAGAUGACAAGAUUUUUGGGUGGUUUUCUGGGCGCUGCCCUUUUUGGUUUCAAUGCUGUGCUGGCUCAAGAUCUGGUAUCGUCUCAUGGUGUCUACACAGAGCCAAACACUGGCAUCACUUUCUACACCAGUGUCCAAGCCAAUGGCGAAGUCGUCGGUGGAGGAUGGGGAUCCUUGGUCUCUGCUGGAGGCUUCAUCUUUGGCAUGGCACUUCCAGAGAAUGCUUUGACGGUAGAUGCGAACGAAUACCUCGGCAUGAUUGUUGGAUCAACUCCCAAUGGUCCAGUUUCAGGAUGGUCUUCCGUCCUUCAUGGGACGAAUGGUUAUGGAGCUGCUCCCAUGCCCAAUCAUCUCAUGAUUGUAGCCUGGCCGACUGGAGAUGGUGAUACAAUUGCCACGUCUUUCCGUUACUCUCCUUCCUAUCAACUUCCAGUGAUGUACAAGGGAAGCGCAAAACUCACGCAGAUCUAUUCCAAAGUGAAUGCCACCAACUGGACUCUCGUAUAUCGAUGCCAAAACUGUUUCGUUUACGACGACCCGUCUCAAACCCCUGCCAACACGUCUACCAGCUCUGGACUGUUUUCACAAGGAUGGGCGCAAGCCAUGAAGCCUCCGACGAACCCCAAGGAUCCCGCAUCGGAUUUUGCUCAACAUGACAACGGAAUGGGAAUGUAUGUCAUUGAUGUCAAGUCUGCUACUCAAGCAUCAUACUCGAAGUGGGCCACACAAACGAAAACUGCCACAGCAACAGCUUCAAGCUCAAGCGCGACAACUACUUCUCCGGCCACUUCGAUCUCGUCCAUCCCUGUGCCUACUUCUGCCACGUAUGACUAUGUCAUUAUCGGAGGUGGAGCCGGUGGUAUCCCAAUGGCUGACAAGCUUUCCGCUGCGGGAAAGUCGGUACUUCUCAUUGAAAAGGGAGUUGCAUCGUCUGGUAGAUGGGGUGGAACUCUCCGACCUGAGGGUCCAACAAACAAGGGAGGCUGGUUGGAUGGAACCAAUCUUACAUGGUUUGAUGUCCCAGGAGAGUGCAACAGAAUCUGGAAUGGUGGAUCUCCCGGUGUGGCUUGCACAGAUACCGACCAAAUGGCAGGAUGCAUUCUCGGAGGCGGUACUGCAGUCAAUGCAGGUCUUUGGUGGAAGCCUAAUCCUGCUGAUUGGGAUGUCAACUUCCCGACUGGAUGGCAGUCGCAAGAUAUUGCAGCAGCAACCCAGCGAGUCUUCGCUCGAAUCCCAGGAUCAGAUCAUCCUAGUGUCGAUGGCAAGCUCUACCUCCAACAAGGCUUUAACGUCAUCACUAGCGGUUUACAGAAAUCUGGGUGGGCAAGCGUCACCGCGAAUAACGACCCCGGGAAAAAGAAUAGGACAUAUGCUCACCCUCCUUACCAGAUCAUUCGUGGUGAAAGAGGUGGACCAAUGGCCACUUAUCUCGUUACUGCAGCAGCUCGACCAAACUUCAAGCUUUGGCUGAAUACCAGCGUCGAGAGAAUCGUUCGCGAAGGAGGCCAUGCAACAGGGCUGAAUGUUGUCGCAGCAAACAACGGUGGCUACACCGGUACAGUCAAACUCACACCAAUCACCGGUCGUGUUAUUGUAUCAUCAGGUGCCUUUGGAUCACCAAAACUUCUGUUCAGAAGUGGAAUUGGACCAACCGAUCAACUGCAGGUUGUCAAAGCAAGUACUGAUGGCCCGACCAUGAUCAACGAAACUUCUUGGAUCAAUCUUCCUAUCGGAUACAACUUGGACGAUCACUUCAAUACCGAUACUGUGAUAUCUCACCCUAAUGUCACAUACUACGAUUGGCCAGCUGCAUGGAACACUCCGAUCGAGGAAGACAAAAUUGCAUAUCUGACCAAGCGAUCCGGGCCACUUGCUCAGUCCGCGCCUAAUCUCGGCCCAGCAAUGUGGGAAGAGAUCAAGGGUCCUGAUGGCAUCAACAGACACAUGCAAUGGACAAGUCGUGUUGAAGGCUCGCGAGGCGUCCCCAACGGCGAUACCAUGACUUUAUCUCUUUAUCUUGGACGUGGCAAGGUUGCUAGAGGUCGCACCACCAUCGGCAGAAAUCUGAACAUGGUCGUAUCCGAGAUCCCAUACCAGAAUGAUGCCGAUAUCGCCACUGUCGCUAUUGCAAUUGACAACAUGGUGAAGAAUCUCAAGGGCGUCCAAAACCUCACCUGGAUCUACCCACCACUUAACCAGACUGGCGCAGAUUACUUGAAGACUAUCCCACUCAACCUUGGUAAUGUCGGCGCCCGCCGCGCAAACCACUGGAUGGGAACCUGCAAGAUGGGCACAGACAGUGGAUUGAAAGGCGGAAGUGCGGUAGUUGACACCAACACGAAGGUUUACGGAACGGACAACAUCUUCGUCGUUGACGCAAGUAUCUUCCCCGGUAUGGUGACCACCAACCCAUCUGCUCUCAUCGUCACGGCAAGCGAGCACGCGAGUACUAAGAUCCUUGCACUUCCGGUGCCCAAGGCGCAGUCCAAGUGGGCGCAGUGCGGUGGUGUUAAUUGGGAAGGUAGUCAGGUCUGCGAGAUGGGGACGAAGUGCACGUACAGCAAUGCGUAUUAUUCUCAGUGCCUCUAAGUAUCCUGGCCCUUCUUUACAACUCAGUAUAUAUCUUCUUUAAUUACAUAUGGGACGGCUGGAAACGAACGAGAUGGCAUGAAAUGAACUGGGUCUGGAACGCGUGCUGUGAUGAUGGUUCAAUGAUAUUCUUUGUACAUAUUUCCAAUUCCAACAUACUUCAUCAUCUACAAGAAAGUCAC